AUGAGCGGUAACCUUUCUGUUGGUAAUUCUGUUGUUUCGGAUGCUGCAGUUCUUGAUACCUUCGCCAUUUCUCCUCAUAACCGGCGCAUCAGAGACCUUAUUUGGGUUACUUGGAAGGCGCCUUCAGCCCCUUGGGUCAAAGUUAACACAAAUGGCUCGGUUGUGGAUUCCUUAGGUGCUUGCGGUGGUUUGUUUCGUGACCAUUCCGGUGCUUUCCUUGGUGCCUAUGCUUCUAAUAUAGGUGCGACAUCUCUUUUCUUUGCUGAGGUUUAUGGUUUCAUCUUGGCUAUAGAAUAUGCAGCCAGCAAUGGUUGGAGCAACAUUUGGUUGGAAAGCGAUUCCACGAGUGCUUUGGCAGUUUUCAAGAAUUCUUCCCUUGUCCCGGUGCUCCUCAGAAACUGGUGGCAUAAUGCUCGCAAUCAAGGAAUCAUGGUUAUCUCAUCUCACAUAUUCCACGAAGGCAAUGGUUGCGCUGAUUUACUAGCUAAUAUGGGUCACUAUCUUCAUGAUACGGUUUGGUAUUCGGUGAUGCCGUCAGCUUUGCUACCACAAUUCUUUAGGGACCGUCAUGCUUUGCCUAAUUUUCGGUUCCCUUAG